AUGUCCGACGACGAGGCCGAUCCCGAGCUCGUCGCCCUCUUGCGCGCCCAUCUCGGACUCGGCCCCGCCGACCCCAAUGCGCCCGCCGAGACAAAGGUCUUGGACAAUGCCUCUUUUAUCUACAACAACAGCAUUGAUGUCGCCCUCGACAUGAAGGGCUGCCAGGCAGCGGCCGAGUCCAUUUGGAAGCAGAUGCAGGAGCGCGAGUAUAGCACCAGCACCUGGUCCGAGCACGAGCUGCACCCUAAAGCCAAGGAUGAAGCCACCGUGAAUUUCAUCUUCACAAUGGAUCUUCUCAAUUUUUCUUUCUGGUCCGAGAAGGGUCCCGACGACCGCUUCUCCAUUGUCUACAAGGGAAGGAAGUGGACCGGCUACUGGAGUCUAGUUGCAGCCCUGCAGAGGGCGCUCGAUGGUGACAUCCCCAUCACCGACCCGGCAUUCUGGGCCGAUGAAGAGGCCUGCACCGAAGACGUGCUUCGUACUGUCUUUAGCUCUGCGACCGACGAAGAAAUCCCCCUUUUCAACGAACGGUUGGAGUGCUUGCGGGAAGCAGGUAAGGUCCUCGAAGAGCACUUUGACGGAAGCGUCGCCACUUUGGUAUCCGAUGCCCGGAACUCGGCGGCCAAGCUUGUCAACUUGCUGGCCGAUCAUUUUGCUUGUUUCCGAGACGAGGCAAAGUUUGAGGGCAAGACGGUUCGUCUCCUGAAGCGCGCCCAAAUUUUCGUGGCCGACUUAUGGGCUGCCUUUGGCGGCGAGAGCUACGGCGAAUUCCAUGACAUCGACAAGAUCACCAUGUUCGCGGACUACCGCGUUCCGCAGAUGUUGCAUACCCUCGGGUGCAUCUCAUAUAGCCCACCGCUUGAAGUCCGGAUCCGCCACCACGAGGAAAUUGAGCCAGGUCAUAGCUGGGAGAUUCAGCUAAGAGGUUGCAGCAUCUGGUGCGUGGAGCAGAUUCGACAAGAGAUGAUGCGACGGCACCCGGAAGCCAAGGUCAAUGCCAUUUUGAUCGAUUUCUUCCUUUACGACAAGAUGAAAGAGCUGGAGAAAGCCGGGCAGGAACAGAUCCCCCACCACCGCACGAGAAGCAUUUGGUACUAG